GGGGGCCCCGACUCUCGUCCCUGUGGCCGCCAUUAAAGAAAAAGGGUCUCGGAAUUAGACGGCGGAAGAAUCCCCCCUCCCCCUCCCCGCGCCGGCCGCGACGCGACAUGGGGGAGACGCGCUGAGGGGGAGCUGGCUGAGCAGGAUGCCGCGGCCGGGCAGCCGCCGACAGAGGCACCGCUGAGGGCAAGCGAGGAGGAGGAGGAGACCCGCCGGCGGGGGCUUCGGGGCACCGACUCCGCCAGCAGCAGCAACGGCCGCCGCGUCCCUCUGUCUCGGCGCACGGCGGGGCCGGGAAUUGUGGGGUUCCGACCCCUUCCCCCGCGGUCCUUCCGGCUGAGGAGAGCCCGAGGCUCGGCCGCCGCCUCCCCGCCCUCACGAGAAGACCUCGGGGAGGGGGCCCUCCGCCCACUGCCCCCGCGGGGCCGCCGCAGCGGGGCGGCGCGGAGCCUUCCCGCAGCAGCCGCCGGCUCGACGGGCUCCCGGAGCCCCCUCACCUGAAGAGAGACGGGGCCGCCACCCCGACGGGGGGGUCUCGGGGCUCGCUCCUCUUCCCCCCGCGGAAGACAACGCUCCGCUUGAAGACUAUCAUUUUAUAUUUUUUAUUCCCCUCCUCCCCCCUUUCUUUCCCGGUUUUGUUUUUUAAAAGAAAAAUACUAAUUUUUUUUAAGGGACCAGCCCAGCUGCGAGGCCGGUCCCUCCCCGCCUCGCCUCCCCCCGCCCGCUCGCAGGGGUCUUGCGGGGUUUGGCGCGGUGGAGGGGGCCCUCCCUGUCCCGGAUCCCCCCCUUCCUGCGGCGCUCGGCGGUAACUUGGCGGGGUCCGGGCUCCACUGAAGAGACCCACCCAGCCCGGUGGACUUUGUGGGGCUCCCUCGGCCCCGAAGGACAGCUGGGGGGAGGGGGGGGGGGCGAGCUUCCCUGAAGACACUCUGCGCUUUACCCCUGCCUUCUCCUCCGAAAAGACUGGGGAUCGGCCUCCGGGAGACUCCUCCAUCCUUCCCCGAAGAGACUUCGAGGGUCACCCGCAAUUUCCUCCUUCCACCCCUCUCCCCCUUCCUCCAUUCCCCACGGAAGGAUUUUUUUUACCCAACAGAGGAUAUUUUGGUUUUGCCCUCUCUACGAAGAGUAUUUCGUUUUGGGGAGGGGGGGUUUCCACGGGGGAAUUUAAUACCCCGCUGGGCUGCUAAGGAGACUUUUGCGGCCUUUCUCUCUCAAGGAAUACCUUCCCCCCUCCGCUGCCCCCGCAGAUGUUUUUUUGGGGUACACCCCAGGAAAUUUUUCGUGUCCUGCUUUUAUGAAUUCUCCAGACUCGCCUUCUGGCAUCUAAAGUUUGUUUUUAUGAUUUUAAAUUUUAAUUUAUUUGGAAUAUUUUUGGAGCAGGGGAGAAGAAUCUGACCCCCCCACUCCCUGUUGCCCUCGGACUCCGAAGAGACGAGCCUGGAUUUUUCUCUCUCCCACAGCCAAUCCUUCCCAGUCAUUCCACAAUUUGCCCCUUUCUCAUCUGAUGACUAAAGAAACAGGAGGAAGAGGAGGGAGGUUUCUGGAUUAAUUACCCCCACUGGAUUAUUUAUUUUUUUCCUACUACUCUUGCUUGGCAUCUGAGAAGAAGGAGGGAUGUCAACUGAUUUUUACCCCUAGCCCCCCUGGAUUAAUUACCCCGUUUUUAUUCUCUUGUUGGAUCAAUUACCCCUUCACCUUACCUCCUCUUCCUCUCCUCCUUAUGCGAAUGAGAAGACAAGAGGAACAGGGAGGAUUUUGAUCUUAAUCUCCCGUCGUUGGAUUACUUACCACCUCCCUCUUUCUGUUCUCCCCUUCCACGGUGGUUUUACCCCCCCCCCCCCAGCCCCCCCGCCCCGCGUUUGAUAUCCACAAGAAGAGAAAACGUUCCUAGUUUCUCUUCAAUUUUUUUUUUUUUUUAAUAUAUUUUUUUACCACCUCUCCGAUACCACUCUCCUCCCGGGUUAUUUAUCCUGCCACUAUUUCGCGUGCCUGUGUGUCCGUAUGUAAAUCCCUUAUUUAAUUGUAUUAUUAUUUGUGCGUGUGCAUAGUCCCCCCUCCCCCCUUUCCCUCUCGGUGUCUGUCUCUCUCUCUCUCUCCCUCUCUCUGUCUGUCUCUUUCUUUCUUGUCGGAGGCUGUGGGAUAAUGGCGUGUGGGUUGUGGCUGUGAGGAUGAGUUCCUGCUUCGUGCCGAACGGGGCCAGCCUGGAGGAUUGCCAUUCCAACCUCUUCUGCCUGGCUGAUCUAACUGGGAUUAAAUGGAAGCGAUAUGUGUGGCAAGGUCCAACAUCUGCCCCCAUUCUCUUCCCGGUCACGGAAGAAGACCCUAUUUUGAGCAGCUUCAGCCGCUGUCUGAAGGCAGAUGUACUCAGUGUUUGGCGCCGAGACCAGAGGCCAGGACGCAGGGAGCUAUGGAUAUUUUGGUGGGGUGAUGACCCCAACUUUGCUGACCUUAUUCAUCAUGAUCUCUCAGAAGAGGAAGAUGGUGUUUGGGAGAAUGGACUUUCUUAUGAAUGUCGCACUCUGCUUUUCAAAGCCGUUCACAACCUGUUGGAGAGGUGUCUGAUGAACAGGAAUUUUGUACGCAUUGGGAAGUGGUUUGUGAAGCCUUAUGAGAAAGAUGAAAAACCUAUAAACAAAAGCGAGCACUUGUCCUGCUCAUUCACCUUCUUCUUACAUGGAGAUAGCAAUGUUUGCACCAGUGUGGAGAUCAGUCAGCAUCAACCUGUGUACCUGCUCAGUGAAGAACACCUCACUCUCGCCCAGCAGUCGAACAGCCCUUUUCAAGUUAUUCUAAGUCCCUUCGGAUUAAAUGGCACGCUCACAGGGCAGUCAUUCAAGCUUUCUGAUUCAUCGACAAAAAAGCUUAUUGGUGAAUGGAAACAAUUCUAUCCUGUCACAUCCAACUUGAAGGAGGGAUCUGAGGAAAAACAGGAAGACAUGGAUUGGGAGGAUGAUUCUUUAGCUGCUGUUGAAGUCCUUGUUGCUGGUGUGCGAAUGGUAUACCCGGCAUGCUUCGUUCUAGUUCCCCAGACAGACAUCCCUGCCCCUAGUACUGUAGGGGCAUCGCACUGUUCAACUACUUGCUUGGGUGUCCACCAAGUGCCUGCUUCCACAAGAGAUCCUGCCAUGUCUUCAGUAACUCUGACUCCACCGACAUCCCCAGAGGAAGUUCAAACAGUUGAUGCUCAAUCUGCCCAGAAGUGGGUGAAGUUCUCUUCAGUUUCUGAUGGAUUCAUCUCUGACAGUACCAGCCAUCAUGGUGGCAAAAUACCUAGAAAGCUGGCCAACCAAGUGGUGGACAGAGUUUGGCAAGAAUGCAAUAUGAACAGAGCACAGAACAAGAGGAAGUAUUCUGCUACAUCAAAUGGCUUGUGUGAUGAAGAGACAGCUGAAAAGAUAGCAUGCUGGGAUUUUGUUGAAGCCACGCAGAGGACAAAUUGCAAUUGUUCAAGGCACAAAAAUCUCAAACCAAGAAAUUCAGGUCAACAGGGGCAGGCACCACCUGUGGGCCAACAACAGCAAGCAGCUCCAAAGCACAAGACAAAUGAGAAGCAAGACAAAGGGGAUAAGCCACAGAAACGCCCUUUGACUCCUUUUCAUCAUCGUGUAUCUAUCAGUGAUGAUGUUGCCAUGGAGGCAGAUUCAGCGAGUCAGAGGCUUGUGAUGACUGCACCAGACAGUCAAGUGAGAUUUUCAAAUAUCCGAACUAAUGAUGUAGCAAAGACUCCUCAGAUGCAUAAUGCUGAAAUGGCAAAUUCACCUCAGCCACCACCACUUAGUCCUCACCCGUGUGACGUAGUUGAUGAAGGGGUAGCUAAAGCUCCUUCUACGCCUCAGAGUCAACAUUUCUACCAGAUGCCAACACCAGACCCCUUGGUUCCCACAAAAACAAUGGAAGACAGACUCGAUGGCUUGUCUCAGCCUUUUCCAGCUCAAUUUCCUGAAGUUAUAGAGCCUACCAUGUAUGUUGGUACUGCAGUGAAUUUGGAGGAAGAUGAAGCUGAUACUACUUGGAAGUAUUAUAAAGUUCCAAAGAAAAAGGAUGGGGAAUUCUUACCACCUCAGCUUCCAAAUGACAAGUUGAGAGAUGAUCCAGUAAUACCUGCUGGACAGGAAAACCUAACAUCAGUUACAGAAUUAAUGGUGCAAUGUAGGAAACCUCUAAAGGUUUCAGAUGAACUGGUGCAAAAGUAUCAGAGUAAAAACCAAUACCUAGCAGCAGUAGCGACGGAAGCUGACCAGGAACCUGAAAUUGAUCCUUAUGCCUUUGUUGAUGGUGAUGUGGAAUUUUUAUUCCCUGAUAGUAAAAAAGAUAGGCAGAACAUUGAGAGGGAAGCUGGGAAGAAACACAAGGCUGAGGAUGGGACAUCUGGUGUUACAGUUUUAUCCCAUGAAGGAGAGGAUGCUAUGUCUCUAUUUAGUCCUUCUGUCAAGCAAGAUGCCCAACGUAUUGCUGCUCAUGCUCGCACUGCAUCAACUAGCCUAUUCCAUGAAACAGACUUAGUGGUCUCUUACACUGACCUUGACAAUCUCUUCAAUUCUGAUGAAGAUGAACUAACACCUGGAUCUAAAAGAACAGUGAAUGGCGCUGAUGACAAAUCCAACUGCAAAGAGGCAAAAGCAGGAAAUCUAGACCCACUGUCAUGCAUAAGCACUGCAGAUCUCCAUAAAAUGUAUCCAACUCCACCUUCACUGGAACAACAUAUUAUGGGAUUUUCUCCAAUGAACAUGAAUAAUAAGGAAUAUGGCAGUAUGGACACUACACUUGGAGGAACAGUACUUGAAGGGAGUAGCUCGAGUGUGGGAGCUCAGUUCAGAAUUGAAGUAGAUGAGGGGUUUUGCAGCCCCAAACCUGCUGAAAUAAAGGAUUAUUCUUAUGUUUAUAAACCUGAGAAUUGUCAAGCUUUAGUGGGAUGUUCCAUGUUUGCACCACUGAAGACGCUUCCCAGCCAGUGUCUUCCUCCCAUCAAACUGCCAGAAGAAUGCAUUUAUCGCCAGAGUUGGGCUGUGGGAAAGUUGGAUUUACUUCCUCCAGGACCUGCCAUGCCAUUCAUCAAAGAUGGUGAUGGAAGCACUAUGGAUCAAGAGUAUGGCCCUGCAUACACACCACAAACUCAUACUCCAUUUGGGAUGCCACCAAGUAGCGCACCUCCCAGUAACAGUGGAGCUGGAAUUCUCCCUUCUCCUUCCACCCCUCGUUUCCCAACUCCCAGAACACCAAGGACUCCUCGAACCCCUCGUGGGGCUGGUGGACCUGCAAGUGCACAGGGUUCAGUCAAAUAUGAGAACUCUGAUUUGUACUCACCAGCUUCCACACCAUCAACAUGUAGACCGCUUAAUUCUGUUGAACCUGCAACCGUGCCUUCCAUUCCAGAGGCACACAGUCUUUAUGUGAAUCUCAUCCUCUCAGAGUCUGUAAUGAAUCUCUUCAAAGACUGUAACUUUGACAGCUGCUGCAUAUGUGUUUGCAAUAUGAACAUCAAAGGUGCUGAUGUUGGAGUUUACAUUCCUGAUCCAACACAAGAGGCCCAGUAUAGAUGUACCUGUGGUUUCAGUGCUGUUAUGAAUAGAAAAUUUGGCAACAGUUCUGGACUGUUUCUUGAAGAUGAAUUGGAUAUUCUAGGACGUAAUACAGAGUGUGGCAAAGAAGCAGAAAAACGCUUUGAAGCUCUCAGAGCUACUUCUAUUGAGCAUGGCAGUGGAGGACUGAAAGAACCUGAGAAGCUGCCUGAUGAGUUAAUACUGCUGCUGCAGGAUCAGUGCACCAACUUGUUCUCACCGUUUGGAGCAGCAGAUCAAGAUUCCAUUCCCAAAGUUGGUGCAGUUAGCAACCUGGUACGUGUAGAAGAAAGGGAUUGUUGCAAUGACUGCUACUUAGCCUUGGAACAUGGACGGCAGUUCAUGGACAAUAUGUCAGGAGGGAAAGUUGAUGAAGCACUUGUGAAAACUACUUGCUUGCACCACUGGUCAAAAAGAAAUGUUGUGGAUGUGAGCAUGCAGUGUUCCCAGGACAUCCUCCGCAUGCUCCUCUCGCUCCAGCCCGUUCUUCAGGAUGCAAUCCAGAAAAAGCGGACGGUCCGCUCCUGGGGUGUGCAGGGGCCCCUCACGUGGCAGCAGUUCCACAAGAUGGCUGGCAGAGGCUCUUACGGAACUGAUGAGUCCCCGGAACCACUGCCAAUCCCAACAUUUUUGUUGGGAUACGAUUAUGAUUUUCUGGUGCUGUCUCCAUUUGCAUUGCCGUAUUGGGAGAGGCUGAUGCUGGAACCGUAUGGAUCUCAAAGAGAUGUUGCUUAUGUUGUGGUGUGCCCUGAGAAUGAGGCUCUGCUGAAUGGAGCAAAAAGCUUCUUUAGGGAUCUGACUGCAAUAUAUGAGUCAUGUAGGCUUGGUCAGCACAGACCUAUCUGUAAGUUACUGCCUGAUGGGAUCAUGCGAGUUGGACCUACUGCUUCAAAGAAACUUUCUGAGAAGCUGGUCACAGAGUGGUUCUCACAGACAGCUAAUGCCAACAACGAAGCGUUUUCCAAACUCAAACUAUAUGCUCAAGUUUGCAGAUAUGAGCUGGGUCCUUAUCUUGCUUCUCAGCCUUUGGACAAUUCUUUACUUUCCCAAAUAAAUCUGGUCCCUCCCUCCAGCCAGCCGGCCUCUGCUCUGCCCCCAGUGACAGCUAACACUGGAAAUCCUAACACUCCGUCAUCUGCUCCUGCAGCUCCCACCAGUAGUACUAUUACAGUGACAUCAAACAGUGCCAUGUCUUCUGCAGCUACUACAGCUAAUUCGACGUUGACUACCACUGCCCCAUCAUCCUCUUCUGCCAACCUAGGCAGUGGGAUCCCAACAAGCAAGCCUUCUUCAUUUCCACCUUUUAGCAGUAUGAACAAUACCACUUCUGCCUCCCUGCCCACUCAGGCUGCAACAGUCCAAAAUGGGCAAACAGGAGGACAGCAGCAACAGCCAACACUGCAAACAGCUGGGAUGUCUGGAGAUGCUACUUCAGCACCUGCACAGCCCCAUCCAGAAGUUUCUGAAAGCACUAUGGAUCGUGAUAAAGUUGGAGUCCCUACAGAUGGAGAUUCACAUGCUAUCACCUAUCCACCUGCAAUUGUAGUUUACAUUAUCGAUCCUUUUACGUAUGAAAAAAAGGAUGAGAACAGCAGCUCAUCUAGUUUAUGGACACUUGGACUUCUGCGCUGCUUUUUAGAGAUGGUUCAGGUUCUUCCUCCUAACAUCAAGAAUAUAAUUUCUGUGCAGAUUGUCCCGUGUCAGUACCUUCUCCAACCUGUGAAACAUGAGGACCGGCAGAUUUACACUCAGCAUUUAAAAUCUCUGGCAUUUUCAGCUUUUACUCAGUGUCGGAGACCUCUUCCAACUUCCACCAAUGUGAAAACAUUAACUGGCUUUGGCCCAGGUUUAGCCAUGGAAACGGCUCUUAAGAGCCCUGAUAGACCUGAGUGUAUUCGACUAUACACCCCUCCUUUUAUACUGGCUCCAGUAAAGGACAAGCAAACAGAACUAGGAGAAACUUUCGGAGAAGCUGGCCAGAAGUAUAACGUGCUUUUUGUAGGCUACUGUUUGUCUCAUGAUCAACGAUGGCUUCUUGCAUCUUGUACAGAUCUCUACGGAGAACAGUUAGAAACUUGCAUAAUUAAUAUUGAUGUACCAAACAGAGCUCGCAGGAAAAAGGGUUCUGCCCGCAGACUUGGUCUUCAGAAACUCUGGGAAUGGUGCUUGGGACUUGUGCAGAUGAGCUCUUUGCCAUGGAGAGUUGUAAUAGGCCGCUUAGGAAGAAUAGGACAUGGGGAAUUAAAAGACUGGAGUUGUUUGCUGAGUCGCCGAAACCUUCAGUCCCUUAGCAAGAGACUAAAAGACAUGUGCAGAAUGUGUGGUAUCUCUGCUGCGGACUCCCCCAGCAUUCUCAGUGCUUGUUUGGUGGCAAUGGAACCACAGGGGUCCUUCAUUAUUAUGCCAGAUUCUGUAUCGACCGGCUCUGUAUUUGGACGUAGCACCACUUUAAACAUGCAGACAUCUCAGCUGAACACCCCACAGGACACAUCAUGCACUCAUAUACUUGUGUUUCCCACAUCUGCAUCUGUGCAAGUAGCAUCGUCAACUUACACCACUGAAAACUUGGAUCUGGCCUUUAACACAAACAAUGAUGGAGCAGAUGGAAUGGGAAUCUUUGACUUGUUAGACACUGGAGAUGAUCUUGAUCCUGAUAUUAUAAAUAUUCUUCCUGCAUCCCCUACUGGAUCCCCUGUACAUUCUCCAGGGUCCCACUACCCCCAUGGAGGUGAUAUGGGCAAGGGUCAAGGUACAGAUCGAUUGCUUUCAACAGAAUCUCACGAUGAAGUAACAAAUAUACUGCAACAGCCAUUGGCCCUUGGCUAUUUUGUGUCAACUGCCAAAGCAGGUCCAUUGCCUGACUGGUUUUGGUCAGCGUGCCCUCAAGCACAAAAUCAGUGUCCCUUGUUUCUUAAGGCCUCUUUGCACCUCCACGUGCCUUCAGUGCAAUCAGACGAGCUACUCCACAGUAAACACUCCCAUCCACUUGAUUCUAAUCAAACUUCUGAUGUGCUCAGGUUUGUUCUGGAACAGUACAAUGCACUCUCCUGGCUAACCUGUGAUCCUGCAACCCAGGACAGACGGUCAUGUCUCCCAAUUCAUUUUGUGGUGCUGAAUCAGUUGUAUAACUUUAUCAUGAAUAUGCUGUGAUCUUCAUCUGACGUUCGCAAGACAAAAAUGAGGAAAAGGGAUAUUUCACUGCAGGACUAAGUUAUAAAUCUUCUCAGUGCAAGUUGUUUGUGAUGGGGUAUGAAUCUUGUUACUUGGAGCAAAUAUUGGUGUGACUUGUGAGAGGGGCAGCUAUCACCCUGCUGUCUUUGAGUCAUUGACUAUGGGGGACGCUUUAGAAUGAUGAUCCGAAAGUGUAUUAUAACAUUUUUAGUAGCAAAAUUAACCAUUUUUCCCCAGCCACAGUAUUUGUGAAGAGUAAUGAGCCAUAGUACCCAGUCAUGGUUAAUGAAUAUUAAAAGCAUGGAAAUGAGAAGAAACAUGAGGAACAAUUAAGUUUCAACCUAUGGCUUCAGAACAUCAAGAUGUUCUUGUAUUGGAUUAUAGUACCUAGUAUUCAAAAAUGCCUGCAUCUCUUAUUUAUUGUAAGUUUUUAAAUGUAUAAAUUGUCUUAUAUUUCUUAACCUCUUUUAUAAAAAUUUUCCUAGAAGGUUUAUACUGCCUUCUUGCUUUAAAGCAAUUGGUCUAAAAUAUAUGUAAUCGUCUUAAUUAAAAGUUGCAGUAGGUUGCUUUUAGAGUAUUAUUUUUUUGUAAGGGGUGGGUGGGGACAGUAAAUUUGUAUUGUCUUGAUGUACAGUUUAAUGGGGAUAGAGGGGUUAAUGUCCAUACCAUUGUGUGUGGGGGAUUUACAGCUAAGCUGUAGUUGCAGAGUACAUGUACAGUAAUGAAGUUCACUGUGUUUAUAUAAAUUGAAAAGGUACCGGGUC